AUGGCGAGAACAAGAGUGAAAGGCUUGUUGACAGUUUAUGGAGAGCCGAUGACAUGGCACAGCAAGACUAUCGGCCAAGCGGCAAACCUGAAUGAGAGGGAAGAUAAGAAGGGCCAGAAUCCCGGUAAUUCGCACCCGUGGAGAAGGGAGCUAUUUGACGAGAGCGUUGAUGCUGGGCGGUUGCUUGUUCUUAUGAUUGGAUCGAAUUUCAACUUGGCGCUAUCCCUAUUCUCCAUUGCACCUGCAAAACGACUUGUCGCUGCAUUUUUCGCGUCCUCGCCGGAUGUCCCCUUUAGCGGUGCAGAUGCAUCAAAAACCUUUUCUCCAAUUGCAGAGAUCCUCGCGUCAGCCGUAGCAUGGAUAUCGCGACACGCCGUUAGCGUUCCCCUCGAACCAUGCAAAUGUGCACUGCGGAUCGGCAUGGAAUUCCUCAGCGAUAACAACCUCACCGAGCAAACCGAUUUCGAAUACCAGCUCUCUCCUGAUGUCCGGUCGCAUAACCUGGAGGUCUCAGAUUCCAAACAGGAAGUCCAAACCCUUAGUAGAAUUGUAGCUGAGGUUAACAAAUGCUCGAUCUCAAGCCAAUCGGAUGAGAGCGUUGGAAGCGCAUCCAAUUACCAUAUAAGCAAGAUCCCCCUUCUACUGCGGGAGUAUGACUUGACCGCGCCAUCCUCGCCUGUGUUUGGAUUUGUGCAUAAUAUUCCAGACCUCAAUUUGCAAGGUUCCUCCAGAGCAAGCGAGGCGCAGAGUUUUCCCAGCGUUCUAUACCCUCCGGCCCCACCUUCGAUUCGAUUAUCGCCUUACGUUUUAAUUCCACAACGCUCCGCUCCUCCACGUCCCUUUGAACAAUCGAAGGCAUCGAUAGCAAACGCUUCUCGUAGCGCGUGGUUGGAAUACCUGAACAGUCGGGGUCUGCUGGAUAGCGAGUUCCAUGAACGCGACUGGUCUGGGAAAGGCCAGCAUGCGGAAUAUCAAGUGCAUGAGAUCCCUAGCAUUCCGCUUGUUGUGGAGAACGUCCUUGGGCACACCGCUUCGGCAUUGGUUGAGAGCGUGAUUUGCCGGAAUGUUCGCCUCGCACGAAAGACGGUCAGGUGCACGCGGAGAGUAAGACGAGAGGAUGCGCUGAAGGAGGUCGAGCAUCUGCAACGUCUCGAGCAUUCGCACCUUGUCCGGGUUGUUGGAACCUACAUUAUUACUCCUAGGAAGGACCUUUCAAUUCUUUUAUAUCCUGUGGCGGAAUACAACCUUGAAACGUUCCUAGACUCCAUCUCUGAGGAUGUCGAUUCCGACGACGUCCAUCAGCUUGUGCUUGCCUCCCAAAAAGUGAGGAGUGUUGCUACAUUCUUCGGGUGCCUUGCGCAGACGUUAGCAUUUAUACAUGCCAACUUAAUUAAGCAUAUGGAUAUCAAGCCUAAAAAUAUCCUCGUCCGGGAUGUAUCAAAAGAGCCGCCUUUGACUCCGCGCCACCCUGGUUCAAGGUCCGCAGUUAGAUACAAAGUAUACGUCGCGGAUUUCGGCAUCGCGCGGGCAUAUACUUCUGCUGAAGAUGCAGAAACGGCAAACCCAACGGCAUUUACUCGAGUCUACGCGGCGCCCGAAGUUGUCUCCCAAGACACCAGGGGUCUAAAAGCAGAUGUCUUCUCCUUGGGUUGCGUAUUUGCUGAAAUGGUAGCAGCUCUGCUCGGAGAGCGUGACCACUUGGCAGACAUCAGAGAUCAAAACGAAUUCGAUUCCUCGUUUCAAGCAAAUAUACCGCAGGUACGGAAAUGGGUUCAGGAGCUGCCUAUAUCCGAUGCCAUACCAAUAUUUCCAGAUCAAUUGUUUGCUAUGCUUAGCAGAAACCCAGCGCACCGUCCACCGGCUGCAAGGCUUGCAAAGUUCUUAGGCUCGAGCCGCUGCUGUACUUCGGGGCCUGAGGAAUUUAUAGAGAUUUCUGAGAAGAGCGGUGCGGGAACUAGGCAAGAAAAGCUGCCGGGGCUGCAGGUGUUGGACUGGGCACUUUGGGUGCGAGUGACUCCAUAA